AUGCGCCCCGACGCCAUCUCCGCUCUCGCAGCAUUCCUCGCUGUAGGCGGUUUCCAGCUCGUCGCAGCCCAAGAUGCUCCCGAAGCGCACGCGCAACGGCCCCGAUGGUACUUCCCGCAGGACGUCAAGCGAACGAUUCGCAGAAGCGCUGAGCCCGACACUGGCUCCAUCCUCGAUACUGUACUCGAAAACUUGAGUCCUACCCAGGUUAUUUCAUCCACGGCUACUCCCACCCCCGAAACCUCCGCCCCGGCUCAGCCCCAGAAGGGACAGGAAGUCGUUGUUGUGACCAUCUCGGUUGACCCCAAGAACCCGGAGAUCACCCACCGUAUUACUGGUACCACGACCAUUGGCGGUGAACCAACUAGUACCACUACCACGACUACUCAGCAAACGGAGAGUUCAAGCAUUGAGAGCACCACCCAGAGUAGCUCCCAGGCCGCAUCUGCCGAGAACACCACCAAGAAGAGCUCUGAGGCUGCUUCUACUGAUGCGGAAACCACGAGCAAGCAGGGAUCGGUGAUCGAUUCAUCAGCCAAGGCUUCGACUACGUCUCCUUCGACCACGUCUUCUUCGACUACGUCUUCGACUACAACCUCUAGCGCCGGCCUGCUUGAUGAUGUGACUUCGGGUUUGGGAAACCUCCUCGGAGGUGAUUCCACCUCCUCAACUGCGACCACACCUUCGACUGCCGCAUCCUCGACUGCCGCAUCCUCGACUGGGACCACAUCCUCGACUGCGACUGCUACCUCCGACUCAUCGGCCAAGGUAACUUCGCCUGCUUCUUCUACUACUACUGCGUCCUCUAGCGAUAGCCUCCUUGAUGAUUUGACCUCAGGAUUGGCCGGCGCUUUGGGCGAAUCAACAACCACCAGCUCCGUCUCCGCGACACCUACUGGCACCUCUAGCGCGAACAAGCUCAGCAGCGCAGCCUCAAGCACGACAAGCUUGGCCUCAAGCACGACAAGCUCGGGGUCAGAUCUCGCUGACCUUUUGGGGCUGGGUGACAAGUCUUCCACUGGCAACAGCACAAGUGUUACUGUGUCCUCGGAUGCUUUGAGUUCACCUACCAUCCCAGUUAGCGUGCCUGCUUCCGCUACUAGCUUACCGUUGACUACCCCCACCUCCGGAACUACAACCGCUGGUGAUGUCGUCAGUAGUCUCGUGUCAGGCGUGGAUUCCCUGCUCGGUGUCACCUCUACUGCCACUGGUAGCACUGCCUUGAUUCCGACUGCGUCUAUGCCAAAUGGCAGUCUUUUGCCCCCCAAGUCGACUGGUCUUAUUCCUGGCCAGGGAGGUACUAACACUGGUGCCAUCCCCACCCCGACCAAGACCCUGCCAUCAGUUCCCGUCCCACACUCGCCCGGGUCUGAGCCCACCUCAACUUCCGGAUCUGAACCUGUCUCUAGUUCUAGCACCGCCUCGGCUCCUUUGCUGGGCACUACCACCGCCGCCUCUGUUCCUGGCAGUGGCUCUCACGAGAGCUCCAAGGUUCCUAUCCCGACCUCUCACCCAGCCUCCACUCCCCUUCCCUUGUCGACUUCGUCAACUUCGACGACUUCGACGACUUCGACGAGCGAAGAAGCGAGCACGGCCAAGACCACUGUGGAACCUCAGACUUCGACGGAGACGCCUACCCCCUCCACCUCCAACGACAACGACUGGAUGCCAUCGACCAUCCUUAUCGUGCCUACCGUCACCGCCACAGAGAGCUCGACCUCCGGUCAAACCGCGGAGCCCACAGCACCACCCUCGCUCCCUGGUUCUAUCACCCCGUCGAAUGAGGUCACCGAGGCUCCGUCUGACUCCAUCUUGCUCCAACUUGGUUUCAACAGCCAGCUGCCCUGGUCCUUUGUUGCAACCACUCCCUUGUCUUCGUCGCAGAUCUUCAACUACACCCCGCAGGCUAUCGAGAACGCUAUGCCAACUCUCUCUGCCAAGGACAGCCCAGUUAUGUUUGCUAUUGAGCCAUACUACAACUGGCAGUCCACGGGCUAUAACGCCACCAUUGCUAUCUUCUAUUUCCCUCGUGACAAAGUCGAUGCUCUGAAAGCGCUCAAGGUUAACCCCAAUUCUGCUCUCUACAACCAGGCUAGCGAAUCCAUCCAAUCCUUGAUGACGAUGGUUGACCCUACAAUCCCCCUCGAGUUCUCUGGAAACUACCCAAGUGGUACUAGCGACUCGACUGGCGGUGGCAGCAGUGGUGGCGGUGGUGAUGGCCCGGACAGCGGUAACAACGAAAACACCGAUGGCUCUGCUGGGACGUCCAAGGCUAAGGCUAGCUCUGUUGGAAUUGGAGUCGGUGUUGUGGCCGGUGCUGCCGCUUACGGUGCGGGUAUGUUCUGGGUUGCCCGCCGCUACCGCAAGAGAAAGCAGCUGCACCAGCGCUCUAGCUCGACCGUUGAGCAGAUGAGCCAGGGAGGUUCCGCUGCCGGUUCGAUGUUCGCUGGUGGCCGUGCCCCCAGCCAUGGUAGCCGUGGAACUGCUCGUUCGCAGAUGAUCAGCGCUCCCGUUAUGGCGGAGAACUCGUUGGGAUGGAACUAG